AUGUGUGGAUUUGAUAUGCAAAUGUGUGGUAUUGUGGAGGAUAAACUUGCCCUUCGUGACGAAGGGGCGGAGCUCACUGAGUCCACGUCCAUGGACUCAAUCAAUGAAUUUGACAUAGGUCCCCGUUUCGAUUCCCGGAGCGAGCUGAAUCCCAUUCGUUUGCAGCUUCGUUCCAUCUAUCUCUAA